UUCCUGCUUACGGCGGAGUUGGGUCGCCGUCUUCCAUACAAUCUACGCUUUGCAAAACGAGCCAAACCCACCCAAAAGCCCUCGACCUCGGCAAUCUCCGGCAAUGGAGGCGGCGAACAGGGCGUUGGCCUCUCUCACGAAAGUUGCGAACAACGACAUCGUCAUCGACGUGUGCUUGGUGGGCGCCUUCGCGGCCCUGUGCGGGAGAUCGGUGCACCAGCAGAAGUACAUCGAGGCCCUCGAGGCCGAGAAGGACUCGCUCGUCAAGUCGAACAAGGCCACGAAGAAGGCCAUGUGGGAUUGGAAGCAGCAGCUGUUCGCGGAAGCCGCCUCCGAUUCUGCUCUCCUUCCUCUUGCCAACCUCAAGGUCAUCUACGGCGAAGCCCCGGCUCCGCAACCCGCAGGAAAUACAGUGGGAGAAGAUGCAAAAUCCCCUGCCUCCAAGUUUGUCAUCUGAACUCCUCUUUGCCAGUGUUCUUAUAAGUUGGAAAUGCUGCUGAUCCUUGAAUACUGAGAGGUUUCGUUAUUCCUCAUUUGUCUGAUGUAUGGACUGAAGAUUGGGCAUAGAAACAGUGCCUGGUACUUUGGAGCUUCCUUGGAUGAACCAAAAAAAUGUAACUAUUGAUGUACGGAAGGCCCAUCUGCAAUACGAAGAGGGAGUUUUGUUUGUUGACCCCCUUUUGGACUUGUCAAAUUAACCAUCUCUUUCCCCAAUGUGGAGGUUUUUCUUCCUUUAGGGCGGAGGACAUUCUAGUGUUUUCUUGGUCA